CACCCCUCCCCGACACAGAUGUGGGCUGUAUACGUUGUCCAAUCAAAAAAGGCUUGGUGUACGAUUGCGUAACAAAACUGGGUCUCAUUCACAUAGGUAUACGAGUGUAUUAGGGUGAUUUGCCCCAUUACAUUAACCAAUUAGAAAUUUAGAUAUCGAUUACAAAGAAGAUACACAACAUAUAUAUUUUUUUGUAUGUGGAAAAACUGCAUUGAUAAUCAUUUCUUGUGUUUUGACCAUGAAGGUUCAAAUGCACUACAGGGAGGUGCACUAUACAGACAUAUAAGUGCGCCAUCACCCCGACAGUACCAACAUGUAUGUCAUUUAUGUUUCAUUGGAUUAUGUGGCAGAAUAACCCACCUCACCCCUUCAAGAAGUGCUCAACCAUGCUUGGAGAAACAUCUAAUGUCGCCUGACUUUACCUACAAUAUCUGGGAUGUGGAGAUUCAGUCUUUCAGAGGAAGCCAUGUAGUGGUGGAGCUCAAAGGCUGUCGUGGAUUGAGACUCAUGGUUGAUACAGAUGGAUCGGUAAACUGUGCUGCUUCAUGUAUAGAACCUCAAAACCUGUUUCUGCUGACAUUCCAUCCUAAUGGGAAAUGGAGCUUUAAAUCCUUAGCGACCAGCACUCACUUAGAGGCUGAUGGGGAAGAUGUCAUCUGUGUCUCUGAAAAUGUUAGAGACGAGCACCUCUGGACCCCAUGCUUAGCCAUCCAUUCCCAUGUGGUUUUCUUCAAUAUUAGGAGCCAUCUUUAUUUGCAGGCGGAUCCAGAAGAAGACAAAGUUUGGGCAGGCGCCACUUACCCUUUUAAUGAACGCUGUGGUUUCAUCAUGUUGUUUGACAAAGACAAAGGGAAAUACCAUCUGAGAACAAGUGAUGGUUUAUAUGUGUCUUCAGCAAAAAAGCUGGUCAGCAAACCCAGUGAAAAGACAGCCUUAACUCUUCAUCUAAGACCUGGCUACCUGGCUUCUUUUUUUGAUGAUUGCGGAAGUCUCUUGUUCCCUCAUGGGAGAAGUGGAGCUUUAUUAUCUGGAAAUAUCCAUAUUAAUAAAGAAGAGUGGUUUGCGAUCAAGAGAACCCCUUGUUUAAUCACACUGAAGGCUCUGAAUAAGAACUAUGCAACAGUUAUCUGUGGUGUUGAAGUGUAUGCCAAUACAAAUAAACCUGAUAGUCACUCACUAUUUGAGUUGGAGGUAAACCCCAGGACAGAGCUGGUAAAGAUUCAGACUCCUAAAGGCAGAUACCUUACCCUGAGAGGGAGUAACAGUGUGAUAGCAGAUGGCGACGGUGAUGAGAGCAAUUCCUUGUUUGAAGUGGAGUGGCGAUACGGUAAAGUGUGUUUCCAAGCAUCCAAUGGAAUGUACCUUACAGUUAAACCAAUUGGACUUAUCACAGCCAGUUCUCCUGAUGUCGGGCCAAAUGAACAGUUUGUGGUACAGCUGGUGAAUCGGCCCUUCUUGAUCAUCCGUGGUAAAUAUGGCUACGUUGGUAAAUCUAUCCACCAUGCUGUUUUGCAGUGCAACUUACCAGAGCCCGAUCAGAUCAGUCUGACUGCCUGUAAGCAUGGAUUCUACCACUUUAAAGGGUCAAAUGGUAAUUUCUGGACAAUGACAGAAAACGAUACAUUUGAAGCCGAUGGGAAUGUCGUUCUGAAUUUCUGCAUUGAAAUCCGGGGCAUCAAUCUGCUAGCAAUCUUGGCUCCCAAUGGCUGCUAUCUACGUGGGGAAAACAGUGGAGUUCUCAGUGCCACUGGGCAGAUAAUCGAUGAGAACUGUCUUUGGGAAUUUUAAACAGUUACAUGUAGGGAAGAUGAUGAAACCUAAAAGCUGUCUGAAAUAAACCUACACAUGUAUUAAUUAACCUAAGAUAUAAUUAUUUAUUUAUAAUCCCAAAUAUUUGGUUUGCUUUUUUCAUUUUUUUUUAAAAUUCUGUCCUCCAUGUGUAAAUAUUGAUCCUAAAAAAGUGAAGUAUAAGUUAUUUAUGGUUAUGGUUAGGUCCAUUUUUAUUAAUGCUUUUGUUUUUUUGAUCCAAAAUUAAAACUUUUAUAAACCACUAGAUGGUGUAUCGUCAUUGAAACAAUAUGCUCCAAAAUAGCUGAUGUAUUGAUUUGACACUAUAAAGCAAGUCUACCUUUGAA